AUGAUCAACCGCCUCACCCGUGACGUGACCAACAACCCGCUCUGGCAGCCUGGAUCCGAGCGCCGCGGUCUGGGCGACAGCGGUGUUGAGGAGGGCCGUGUGGGCCGUUUCCGCCGCAUGUUCGAGGGUACCGAUGCCGCCGCCGCUGCUCCUACUGCCGACGGUGCCGCCGCUCCCGCCUCUGGCUCGCAGUUUGCCGAGGCCGACCUGUCCUGGAUGUCCGAGGGUGCCAAGGAGGAGACUCUCAGCGACAAGCAGCGCCAAGGACCCCAGAAGAAGAAGGGCAAGGGCAAGAAGUGA